AUGGCUGCCGGUUCCAACUCAAAGGAAAUACUUGAAUCUACAUUAGAGAAAGAGAGGAGAAACCUCGCAGGCUCGCUACGACUAAAGAGUACUCUCCUUCAAUCAAAGCACUCGACCCUCAACGACGACAAUCUCCACUCUGUCGAGCUGGAAAUCAAACAAAACAGAAAUCGACUCGAUUUUCUGGAAAACCAGCUCAAUCAACUAGGAUCGAAUACUGUAAAUACUCAUAUAACAGCUAUGGAAUCAUCCGAUAGCAUAGACGCUGGUGCUCCACUCAGUCCCUUUGACUAUUUGAAGCAUGAAAGUGCAUUGACCACAAACAAAAUCGCAUUCAAACUGGAAGGGGUACGCAAGAAACUAGCUACCGAAGUAAUGAAUAAGACAAAGGCCGAACAGCAUCACCAAGCAUUGAAAGGAGAUCCAAAUGCUGAUCCUACUGCUUUGACGGAUGCUCAGCUAGCUGAUCUAGAAGCUAAUGCUCGAGUCGCAUGCCUCAUGAGAAGUGAAGUGAGGUGGCAACAGCUGUUUGUACCCACAACCCCAAACUUGUCACUCCUAGAGAGUAUAGAUAGUGCUGCAACAAUGACAAAGAGACCCAUGUCGGGCCAUCUAAAGCUUCGUAUCAUAACAGCUGCUAAUCUACCAAACAAGCAAGACUCGCCCACAUAUACCGUUAUACGAAUCGAUGGAUCUGAACGUGCCAGAACCAAACCUUCGCAGACUAGUUGGAAUCAGGAUUUCGAUAUAGAAGUAUCUAAAGCUGAAGAAUUUGAAAUGACUGUGUAUUCAAAUGAUGGGUUACUUCUGUCUCUUGUAUGGCUACGAUUGGGUGAUUUGGCAGAUGCUCUUGCUGCACAGGAACCUCAUGCUGAGGCGUCUAUUGGAUCCUGGGUCGGGUCGGCGUUUGGAUUUCAUCGGAAUGGUGGGCUAGAGACUUGGUUGGAUUUGGAGCCUGCUGGUCAAGUGCUUGCCAAGUUUCAAUUUAUCGAGGACAAGUACGAUGUCCAACCGGAAAGUGGAUUCCUUGUAAGGAAGAAAGCUGUAAAGAAGGGCGUGGCCGUUCGAGGUCACAAAUUCAUAAAGUCUCCUCGUGGUGUCACGAAUCGUUGCGUCGUCUGUGAGAAACUUAUGUUGGUUGGGUUGACUUGUGAAUAUUGCAAAUACUCUGUGCACAAGGAAUGCUCUGAAAAGUCUCUGACUUGCUCAGUCAAGGGAGAUACGGAAGAGCAAGAAAGUGAAGAUGAUAGACGAGUAGCCAAACAUCUCAGUAAACACCGAAUAGUGCAUCGAUUUGCUAAUGCGACAGCUCCAAUUGCUCCACCGUGGUGUAGGCAAUGUGGACAAGUAAUACCACCAUUAAGUCAAAUUCGAAAGUGCACAGCCUGUGACAACUUUAGUGUCCACAUAGCUUGCGAAAAGUUAGUCCCACAUUUUUGUGGCAUGUCUGCCAAAAACGCAGACGAGUUUAUGAGAGAAGCUGAAAAGAUUGAGGAAAAGAAACGCAGAGAGCUAUUAGAAAUCGAAGAAAAGAAACGAUUGACUUCAGCUGAAGAAGUACGUAAAUCUUUAAUGCUUUCUCGUGGUGAAGAUCCAUCACUGGAUACUUCAGCCGAUGGCCCGUCACCCACGGCACCGAUAUUGCCUGGUCGUGUUGGUGGUAGAUUGACUGGGCCUAGACCCAUGAUAGUAACGUCUCCAGAACCAGCUGAUACUGAAGACGUGUAUCAGCAAGCUUUAGAAGCUCUAGCUCAACGAAGUAGAGAGCGUGAUGAAUUCGAAGCUAAAAUGUCACAAUUAGCUGUGACGCCAACUUCAUCAACAGGAUCACUAUCACCUACAUCGUCGUUAUCAGCACUGCCCGAUCCAGCGCUAUAUGAUGAAGUUAGCGAAGUCUUGGCUGCUCGAGAACGAGAACGCGCCUCGUUUGAAUCACGACGAGCUUCUCUGCUACCACCACCAAUACAGCAACAAUCUAUCAGCAAUUCCGCCAUGCCACGAGUCGCAUCCAACGCUUCCAUAAGAAGUAAUAAAUCACCGUUAUUAGCUAAUGCUCCUCCACGAACCGUAUCUAGACAGGCUUCGUCAGAAAUACCAGCCUUCCCUGCCGCACCAGUAUACCCAUCUCCACAAUCAUUGUCACAGGCAGCAUCGUCACAACAACAGCGGCAGCCGAAGUCUGAUGCAAUUGAUUUGAAUGAUCCAGAGUUUAUAAGAGAACAACAGGCUGCCUUCCAAGCUAUACAGCGGUCUAGAACACAGGCACCAGAUGAAGCUGGUCCACCUCGUACUGCAUCCUUAAUAAAUCAUCGACCUGUAUCAUUUGCUCAGGCUGCUAGUGGAGUCCUGACGCCUGAUCAGAUCAAUGCUUUUAUAGCUGAGCAGAGACGAUUGUAUAUACAGGCUCAGAGUGCUCAGACUCAACGUAAUGUAUCACCAGCAGCAUCCUCCUCGUCUUCGUCACUGACGGCAGUAAAUACAAUACCAGAUGAUGGUAGUGCUGAUUUGCAAAAGCUGAGUGAAGAGCAAGUAGACUAUGAAGAUGAACUAGAUGAAGAAGACGCUUUACUACGACAAGAAGAGGAAGAAGAAUUCCGGCUUCGAGAGCAGGAAGAACGUCGUCGUCGUGAAGAACUAGAUCGCCAUAACAAUGCCGAAGAGAAUGAACGACGAGCACGAGAACAAGAAGAAAUAUCCCGUCGCAGUAUGUUACAAGAGACUGCUCAACAACGAAUCCGAGAGCUAAUCCUCGCCCAACAAGUCGCAACUCAACAACGCAUCCAAAUGGAAGCACGACUACGUGAAGCCGCCACACGACGAGACCAAGAAGUACGCAUGAGAGAGGAAAUCUCGCAACGUGAACUCCAACAAGCCACCCUCGCACGCGCCCAACAACAAGCACUGGCCGAACAAGCACGACGAGAAGAAUACGAACGUGCCGUCCGAGCCCAGCAAGUCCAGGAGCAGGUUAUGAGACAGCAGGAAUACAUGGCUGCUGUGCAACGACAUCAGCAAGUAAUGUAUAAUCAGCAGAUGGCUGCCAUGCAGGAACAGCAGAGACGGCAGAUGGUUGCUCAGCAGCAGGCUCAGGCUGCGGCGUAUAUGCAGCAGCAGCAGGCGCUUCAUGCUGAACAGCAACAGAGACGUAUGAAUGGCAGCAAUGGGGCGCUGAAUGGUGGGGCUGUACAGCAACAGCAGCAGCAGCCGUUGAGGUCGUUGACUGGACGUAGGAAGAUGUCGCAAAAGAAGAAUGUGACGCUGAAUGAUUUUUCGUUGAUUGCUGUGUUGGGGAAGGGGGCGUUCGGGAAGGUGCUGUUGGUUGAAGAUCGUAGAACAAAAGAAUUAUUCGCUCUGAAAUCAUUAAAGAAGGAUCAUGCUCUUGAGAACAAUGAUAUCGAAAGUAUUCGAAGCGAACUCACAGUAUUCAGACUGGCAUCAGGCAGCCGAUUCCCAUUCUUGGUGAAUCUAUAUGCCUGUUUCCAAACUCCCGAACGACUGAACUUCGUCAUGGAGUAUGCAGCAGGUGGUGAUUUGAUGAUGCACCUAUCAAAGAAUGGACGAUUCCCAAGGAAUACGGACGGUAUCAAGUUUUAUGCUGCUGAAUUGUUGUUGGCGCUAGAGUUCUUGCAUCAGAAUAGUAUCGUUUAUCGGGAUCUAAAACCAGAAAACGUCCUCCUCUCUCCCGAAGGCCACAUAAAACUAGCCGACUAUGGCGUCUGCAAAGAAAACAUUGGCUACGGCUCCACCACACGAACAUUCUGUGGAACCCUCGAUACCAUGGCUCCAGAAAUCCUCACUGGGUCCAAAUAUACCCGUGCCGUCGACUGGUGGUCGUACGGUAUCAUGCUAUACGUAUUCGUGUUCCGUAGUUAUCCAUACAAGGGUAACAAGGAAGAAGACUACUUGAAGGAGAUUAGUACCAAACCGCUACGGUUUCCUGUUGAACCGGAUGCUGAUUUGAAGGAUUUGAUACUAAAGCUGCUGGUGGUUAAUCCGACGAGACGGCUGGGAUCGGGAAGGAGAGAUGCAGAUGAGAUUAAGAUGCAUCCGUGGUUUUUUAAGGUUGAUUGGAAUGCGUUGUUGAGUAUGAGGGUGCCGCCGCCGUUUGUACCUUCCAGGAAAAAUGCAUACGACACUUCAAAUUUCGAUGGCGAAUUUACACGAGAAACGCCAAUGUUUACUCAAAUGAGGGGCCGCCUGUCGAAUAAAGAGCAAGGCGAGUUUGGAGGAUUUGAGUAUAUAUGUGGAGAUUGGGGGUCACAGGUUAGUCAGCAGCAGCUGUUGCACUAUACCGCUGGCAGUAAUAUGUUGAGGUAG